AUGACCAGAAAUACACCAAUUUCAGUCGCGGAGCCACCACUCGAUGCUGACCGUCAAUUAAUCCCAAGGCGUAUUCGACACAUCACUGCCAUUCAAAUUCGCAACCUCACUCCCUUUCCUGUCCGCGAUGCAUUCACCUCAGCUUUAUCCCAGCCUGUGGAACAAUCUCAGUAUGCGAUACCUGGGACGACGGACGACCUGGGCAUAAUCAGUUCGAGAAAACGUGCUCGGAAACUUUCCACUACUUCGACGACGGCAAGGUUGAAUGCAAAGCCGGACGAUGGACCUCAUGAGGGAGGGACGAUUAACAGUUUUGCAGAACAAAGGGGGAGGAAGGCCUCGGGCGCCAGAGUUGAUUUCUCCAGCGGAGGAACUCUGGGUCGCACUUCUAACCAAGCGCUUUCGUUUGCGUCUUCGAGAUCACCUCUAACAGCCCGACCUCAACGACCAAGGACAACCUCCAAAACGUCCUCUACCAGCUCUCGCGUUACUGCAUCUGCAUCCAAUAUCUCGGGAAGCGCUUCCGCCGUGACGACAGCUUCGGUCUUGCUUCCUGAUCACUCCCAAACAGGACUUGAGAAGGUCAUCAGUUCUCGUUUGACAGAGACAUUUAUUACCAUCGCGAUACCCCCCUCGACACACUAUACGGGAGAAUCUGCCUUGACUUCGCGCACAGAGACCAGUAAUCGAGCCACUGUACCUACCGCAAACUUGGCGUCUUCGCCGGGAAGAGCUGGGGCAGGUUUCUCUACUAAUUCAUUCAGUAGGAUGACUCGAAUUUCACAACUUGAUUCUCAACGCACGCACAAAAAGAAAGUUGAGCAGUUUAGACUCUCCGGGACUGCAACCUCUCAAAUAACGACAUCGCCCUCAAGGCACCUUUUCCAUAGCCACGCAAAUCUAGCUCAACCGUCGUCACCUACGCCCAAAUACCUUUCAGCUUUACAUCGGCCUUCUACUAAUCCCCUUUUCCACUUUGAUGCUCGUUUUGAUCUUGAUUUUCUGUCGUGGAGUGAUACCGGUGGACACGUUCUUAAACUCGAAAUCUGGGGGAAAAUCCCAACACACCGGCCACAGGACAUACGAACAAAUGAACGACGGCCGUCUGGAAGUGUUUCAUUGGACAAUGAGGCAUUUGAGUGGAAAAUGCUCGAUGACUGGGACGUUGACCUACAAGACCUGAUACCUCUCUCGGAUGAACUUGUUAUUUAUCCCUCGCAACUUCCAUCCAACACUGUUCUCAUCACACUCUCCCCACCGGGCAAAACAUUUUGUCUUUCUCAAAACCUUAUGUCGUCAUCACGGGCUUCCACCCCCUCGAUUGGAUACGCCUCUGAUCCGGAAUCAGAGGUACGAAGGGUUAAGCAAUCUGGCGAACAUCGUACCUCUGCGUCCGAGGAAAUACAGGAAGUUCUACCACUCUCCCGAAGGCGGCAUCGGAGGGGCGUUGGAAGUGUGACUGAGUCUCGGGAUCAUCUGAAGACUGCAGGGUGGCCAGAUAUCCUCAAACUUGUUACAAUUCAGUCUUGCAUUUUAGAUAAUGAAGCGUCGCUUUUCGACAUUGUUCAAGAAAUAGACGUGGCCAUCAAAGAGCAUCCACUUAUUCGCCUUAAACGUGAAAUAUCGGAACGAGAAGCUGCUCUAGAGGAUUUAAAAACGGGCCAUGAGCGCGCAAUCGAUAGAUUGGCGCAAACGAAGGUUAGCAUCAAUGACCGUCGGCAACGGCUUCAACAAAGAAGGGAAACACUCGCUGCUGCGAAAGUCCAAAGUCAACAAGUAGUCAUUGUUGGAGCUGCAGUGCAAGAAUCCAUUAGUUCAGAGCGGACAAGAUUGGAAUCACUCGGGCUUCUCCUUCGUCCAAUCAGGGUAUCACUUUUAACAACGCUUUCCGACAUCUUUCCAAUUGACCUCCAAUCUUCACCUGACUUGUUGUUCGCCAUCCUCGACGUGCCUUUGCCAAUACCCUUAGCUGCCAGUGAUCCAGCUCCGCCGUUGUGUCUACCGGAAUACAAAGACAUCACAGAAGAGACGGUUGCAACUGCAUUGGGAUUUGCAGCGCAAGUAUUGCAAUUGUUGGCCACAUAUCUUGGAAAAAGUUUGAUUUACCCUGUAACAUGCGUCGGAAGUCGCAGCUUAAUCAGAGAUGGUAUUUCAGCCAUGGUGGGCCCUCGAAUGUUUCCGUUGUUUUCCAAGGGCGUGGACACCUAUCGGUUCGAGUAUGGUGUAUUUCUUCUAAAUAAAGACAUCGAGAUGCUCAUGGCAGAAUGCGACCUGAGGGCGCUCGACAUGCGCCAUACAUUACCUAACCUCAAAAAUCUUCUGUUGACUUUGAGCCAUGAUGAUCGGGCUCAAGCAACGUUUCAUCAACGAUCCAGUCCGGUUGUGCCACCAACUAUCGCUUUAGAGCUGCAAGAUGAAAUUGAAGGCUCCAGCGCGAGUCAGGAGCUCGGCACUCCUAAAGCUUCAGUGGGAGAUAUCGCCUUGGAAGCUCACACGCCACCCAUAAGUGGUUCAACCACACCGACGGUCGCCAAUGUGGGGGAUGAAGCUCGAAAGUCCCGACCGUUUCUCGGGCUCGUCCCGUUCUCAGGGUUUCUUCGUGGUCGAUAUUCUAGCUCCAGUCAAAGCGUGGUCAUCGAAAAUAAGGCCAAAUCACUGCAAAGUGAGUGCGAUGAUGAAGACCAGAGGACAAUUCGCGGGGAUACGCGAGCGGGCGACGCAGAAGAGGAAGAUCACAUAGGUGAACCUGAACUCGAUAAUGACAUUGGUCAUAAGGUGUCGAGUGAGGGUGUAUUACCGUCAACCAUGGCUCAACUGCCUCCUUGA